UUUCUUCUGGUUAUUCAUUCCCCUCUACAUGCCGUCCAGAUAGUGGCUGUAUCCUUUGGCGGAUUAAAUUUGUCAAUCCGGUCAAUCCUCCGUCGGACGGUUUGGAGCGAAUUUUUGUUUGUUUCUGUCAUGGCUGACGCGCUCGAUGCGAGCGUAUUUACAGCCGGAUCGUGUCAGUGUGCAGUGGUCAGCGGUGAUACGCGGUAGUGCGUCGUCGUCACAUAGGUAUGUGUCGUCGUCCCACGACUCCCACGUCGAGGGCUGGUGAGCAGUAAAGCUGCGUGUGCCUAGCAGUGCCUAGCAGCGCGAGACAUGGGUGGCGAUAAUAAUGGGCAGACGAGCGGGUGCCGAUGCGGAGAUAGACGCUUCUACUAGCGAGCUCGAGGUGCUCGUCGCGUCGGAGGGGCAGGAGGACGAGGAGGAAGGAGAAGAGAAUAUAUGCGACGGGAGGUUCGCGACGACGAGGAUGGAGUCGCGGCACCCGCGCAGGAACCGUCUGCGUAGCGUCGUCGGGGUAUGCCUGUUCCUCGCGCUGACCGGGAUCGUCUACCUAGGCUACUUCUGUCCGGAUCACGUGUGCGCCCUGACAAACCGCGAGAUCAAGGAGUCUAUCAGGCUGUCCGAGAGCUUGUCCGUCGCCGCCGGGCCACCCGCCGUCGGCUCCGCCGCGCUGUCUUCCGUGUCCAUCGAGCUCGACAGGAACGGCCUGCUCUCGGUGCAUCCCGCCUUCAAGCUGCAGAGCAUCCAGGGUAGUCUGGGCUACGACGAUGUCUUUGCCAACGACACUUUUCAGUUUGAUAUCAACGCUCACGACGUCAUGGUCUUCCUCCACAUACAAAAGACAGGUGGCACGCUAUUUGGUAAACAUCUGGUGCGAGAUCUAGAGUUGCAGAGACCGUGUUCAUGUCAACGACGACGCAAGCGUUGCUUCUGUUUCCGUCCAAAUCGUAACGAAAAUUGGUUAUUCUCGCGAUAUUCCACCGGCUGGAAGUGUGGACUACACGCGGACUGGACCGAAUUGACGAAUUGUGUAGAUACGGAGCUCAAUAAAAUCGAAGGGGAAGGCAUUAAACGCCGUUACUUCUAUGUAACUAUCAUAAGAGAUCCCGUUGCGAGGUAUCUCUCCGAGUUCAGGCAUGUGCAGAGAGGUGCUACAUGGAGAGGUGCUCGUCACUGGUGUGGAGGUACUCAAGCAAAUAUACCCCAGUGUUACGAUGGCCCGAAUUGGAAAGGCGUUAGCUUGGAAGAGUUUAUGGAAUGUCCUUACAAUUUGGCGAGAAACCGUCAAACUAGAAUGCUGGCAGAUCUAUCGAUAGUUGGCUGUUAUAACUCCACUCUCAGCAAAACUGAUCGAGACCGUUUAAUGUUGGCCAGUGCUAAACACAACUUACAAUUCAUGCCUUUCUUCAUGCUGACUGAAUACCAAAAGGUGGGGCAGUACACUUUCGAGGAAACAUUUAAAAUGCGAUUUGCGGUUGCGUUUGAGCAGCAUAAUGCUACACUUAGUGGAGCUACCAUGGCAACCCUCAGCGCAGAACAAUUGGAUGCUGUACGUAAACUCAACAGCCUGGACCUAGAACUCUACGAAUUCGCAAAGAAUCUCGCUUUUCAAAGAUUUAAACGGCUUAGAGAUCGUGAUCCACAUUUUGUACAACGAUUCCAACACCUUGGUGAAUUGCCAUCAAGGCAAAGUGCCACAGAAUUUAAUUGGGAUUCUGUUAUUGAAGAUACUACGGAUAACGAAUAAUGUGUGAGUACAUUAUUAAGCAAUCCUCUCGACGCUUUGCAUUCGAUACCAAGCAUUACUGUGGAUCUGAGCGUCUUAGGGAAGUGCCCUUGAAACAGAAUACACUUUAUGUAUAAAUCACCAUUUAUCUCCGUAAAAUUUACCAAAAGCACAGAAAUGUACUUGGAUAAGACCAAAGAGAAGUUCAAGAACCUUAAUGUGAUGAACCUGACAGUAUCCUGACAACAGUUAAAUGCAUAAAAAUUAUUGUGUAAUAAUUGAUUUCCUCUAUUCUAAGAUCAUUGGGACCGAGCAUUCUCUCUGUUCAGUGAUUUCCUCUCAAUAUCCACUUUUAUUUUAAUGACAGAUACACUGAAUGAGACUCGUUGCGUACUCGGUCUUUUGUUCGCUUUCUAAUUCGGUCGUUUAGUCACAUGAAAAAUGUGGAUAUUAAGACAGCAGUACAAGAGAAGAAUUCUAGUUCACAGGACAAUAGGACAAUUUGACUUGGAAUAGAAGAAAAUCUCGAAUAAAGAAAGUCAAUCUUAAUAGUCGCAAAAAUUGUCUAUCAUGAAAUACUCGUAAAUUUUAUAAAGGUUCUUCCAUAUAUAAGUAACAUAUCUUUGCUUAUAAUUAUACAGAUAGUCGUGAAGUUGCUAAUUAUUUACAUUUAUGACUUAUCUGCAAAUUAUUGCCAUAUGCGCCAAAUGUUUUUUCCUACAUUAAUUUGUACAUACAUCUUUAUGCCGGUUUAUUAAUUUAUAUAUUUUUUUGUAUGAGCUCUAUACAGAUAUUUGUUUUUAUUCCAUCUGUUUCAAUUCAUAUAAACAGUGUUAUAACACGCUGUUAUAUAAUAUAAUGUUGAUACAAUUAAACUCAUAUGUAUUACAUAAUUACAAUUUAACUCUCACUAUAUUAUA